AUGGCCGCCACUAAGCAUUCCCUCGCCGACAGCGAGGACCGACCCUCUAAGAAGACCAAGGUCGACUCCGAAGAGAAGGCUCGCCUCAAGGCCGAGAAGCGAGAGCGCAAGGAAAAGCGCAAGGAGAAGAAGGCCCAAGAGUCUGAGCCUAGUGCUGAGAACUCUGACGCUGAGCGCGCUGCUGAGAAGGAGCGCAAGAAGGCUAAGAAGCAGAAGAAGUUGGAGAAGAAGCAGAAGCAGGCCGAGGCUGAGACUGAGGUUUCCGCUGACGUCUCUGAAGAGUCUCCCAAGAAGAAGUCCAAGAAGGAGAAGACCAAGACACCUACCGAAUCCUCUUCUGACGCUGAGGCUCUCUCCAAUGGUUCUUACACCCAAACCAUUGCGCUCUCCAACGUCCCUCAAUCCGAGAUUGACGAGUUCCUGUCCAAGAACGAAAUCUACAUCACCGAUCCCAAGACCGAGACCGUCACUCUUCGUCCCGUCCUGGAGUUCCACCAACUUCCCGCCACAAAUCUCCUCGAGAAGAAGCCUUCGCCAUUCGCUAACUACAAGGCCCCCACACCCAUUCAGUCCGCUUCAUGGCCUUUCACUCUCUCCGGUCGUGAUGUCGUCGGUGUCGCUGAGACAGGAUCCGGAAAGACCAUGGCUUUCGCACUUCCUUGUGUUGAGGCCGUCUCUUCCAUCAAGCACAAGCACACCAAGGCCGUUGUUGUUUCGCCUACACGAGAACUCGCCAUGCAGACCUUUGAGCAGAUGGCUUCCGUCGCAGCGCUCAACAAGCUGAAGUGUGUCUGUCUUUAUGGCGGCGCCUCCAAGGAUGACCAGCGAAACCUUCUCAACCGUGGUGCCGACAUCAUUGUCGCUACUCCCGGUCGUCUCAAGGAUUUCAUGUCCGACGGAACUGUCGAUCUUAGCCACUCAGCCUUCGUUGUUCUCGAUGAGGCUGAUCGUAUGCUUGACAAGGGUUUCGAGGAGGAUAUCAAGAUGAUUCUCGGCGCCUGCCCUCCUCGUGAGCAGCGCCAGACUCUCAUGUUCACAGCGACAUGGCCCCAGUCUGUGCAGUCUUUGGCCUCCACUUUCAUGGUCAGCCCCGUCAAGAUCACCAUUGGAUCUGGUGGUAAGGAGUCAGCAGGCGGCGCUGUUGAGCUCCAGGCCAACGCAAGAAUUUCACAGAGCGUUGAGGUUCUUGAGCCCCGAGGAAAGGAGUUUCGCCUGCUCGAGAUUCUGAAGCAGCACCAGCAGGGCAAGCAGAAGAAUGAUCGUAUUCUUGUUUUCUGCCUGUACAAGAAGGAAGCCACCCGUGUGGAGAACUUCUUGAGCCGUAAGGGUAUUCGCGUUGGUGGUAUUCACGGUGAUUUGCGACAGGAGCAGCGAACAAAGAGUCUCGAGGCCUUCAAGUCCGGACACACCCCCGUUCUUGUUGCCACCGAUGUCGCUGCUCGUGGUCUCGAUAUCCCUGAGGUCAAGCUUGUUAUCAACGUUACAUUCCCUUUGACUAUUGAGGACUACGUCCACCGUAUUGGACGAACUGGCCGAGCUGGCAAGACCGGCCAAGCUAUCACUUUCUUCACUGUUGAGGACAAGUCUCACUCUGGCUCUCUCGUCAACAUUCUCCGAGGAGCCAACCAGCCCGUGCCCGAGGAUCUCCUCAAGUUCGGCACCACCGUCAAGAAGAAGGCUCACGAUAUGUACGGUGCUUUCUUCAAGGAUGUUGAUAUGAACGCAAAGUCCACCAAAAUUACAUUUGAUUAG